AGGUCCGAUCCAUGUCGAUCAGCUGAUCAGUCGUCGUCUGGAGCCAGUUCAAAGGUUUCGACCGUUGACAGUUGAGAGACCAAGAGGAGUCAGAGGAGUUAACGACGGUCGAUUUCACACAUUACGGCUACAGGGAUGAUGAGGAGAAGCUUAGAGGCGCGGUCGCGCUCGCCCUCGCGCUCGCCCCCCUCGUCCCCCGACUAUCGGCGGCAGGCGCCCUCGCCGGAGCAGGUGAGGCGGUCCUUCCGUCUGGAGGAGCGCAAGCGGACCUCACUCGGCGUCUUCCUGGGCCUACCGAUAGAAGUGCUGCAGCACAUGCUCUCCUACAUGCCAGCGAGGUCCCUGUCGCAGUUGGCCCAAGUGUCCACGGGCUGGCACCAGUUCCUGCAGGACUGGAUACAGCUCAGGUCGUCGGCCUGGAUCGUCGCGCCCAAGCGGCGCUGUCGCUACCUCAGCGAUGAAUUCUACGACGAGUACACGGAGCUGGGGCUGCUGUGCCGGCGGCUGCUGCCCGGCAGCACGCUCCCGCAGAGGGCCCACGCCUGCUGGCGCGUCCUGGAGGCCGUGGAGCAGGCCAGCAUGCGGCACGACGACCGCCGCGAGUACGAGCCCACCUUCAUCGGGGCGGCCAACUUCUUCAGGGCGGCCGUGGCGCUCAGCUGCAGCCGGUCGCAAGGGGAGAGGUUCGAGACCAUGUGGCAGAUCGUGAGGGACACCAUCUCGGCGGACAUGUGCGUGCUGGAGGCGCGCCCGGGCGAGUACGGCCGCGUGGAGACGGACCUGCGGCUGGCGCUCCGCGUGCUGUUCCUGUCGCCCUCCGCGCCGCCGCGGCACGUCCGCUUCCGGCGCAUGGACCGGGGCACGGCGCUGCGCGCGCUCCUCUGCAGGCUGCCGCUGCCGCUGCAGGCCAGGACCCUCUUCGUCUGCUACGGCCCGCGCACAGGUGCUCAUAUCGAUUGGGCGAGACCUUGUGAUGCUGGUUUCGCAACGGUUUCUCAAAUGGUCCAUGUCGUAGCAGAACUGGGUUCGGCACUGGAUGUGUUGGCCAAACGCAGCCACCCGCAGUUCAUCCACAAUCUCGUCAGCCAACUGACCAAAACACCCGCCCCCUGGUUACCCCGCUACGAGGUGAUGCUGUACUUGACCAUGGGAGAGCGAGCUGCUGCCGCUGUCCUGGCUGGCUUCGCGCGCAAGGUCUUCCCUAAAGACUCCCGCUACGUCGUAACGAGGCUAUCACAAAUAGCGUCCCUCUCAGAGAUGUACAGAUCGAAACUAGAGGCUGGAAAUUUUGCCAGUGGACCAGUAUUUACAUUUCAAUUGCAGGCAGCCACAACUAGCAUAUUGGAAAUAGUGAAAAACUUAUGUAGAUUCCUUCCUGGAAACUACAGUCCUGUGUCCCUUUUGCAACAAGUAACAAUUCAAACUUUUUUCUUGUCCUACAAUGUGGGUGGAGAUGAAUUUUCAACUAGAGUCAUGGCUUCUUUGGAUGCAGUCCUUACUUACUAUCAAUAAGAGUAGAUACAGAACUUUAAUAGCUUUUAAAUCUCUUUUAUCAAUCUUGAUUUAUUGCCCACACUUUUUAAUGAACUGAUGAACUUAUUUAUGGUUAAUUUUAAGUUAGUCGAAGUGUUUAUUCCAUAGAUUAAUUUAUCUGCAGUAUUUUACUUCUGUGAUAGCUCCUGACAAGUUCAAGAUACCUGUAAGCUCAAAGUACCUGAGUAGCAUAGAAGAGGAAUUUAUUUAUAUAUUUUAAGUAAUUUAUUCUAUUUUAUGUCACCUGACUCGGCAAGAGUUUAUUUCAAACCCUUUUAUUUGCUUAAUUGAAUAUGUACGAAUUUAUGUGGUUUAUUUAUUGUAAAGAACAGUAAAAAAUAUUUACAGCCAAAGCUGCUCAUAAAUAAAGCAGAAAAAAUCAAUUGUAACAAUA